GGUAUGUAGGUAUAAAUAUUAAAGAUUUUUAUGGCAUAAAGAGUAUUAAAAAAAGAAUUUUUUAGGCAAAAUAUACAUUUGUGCGUGAUAUUUCAAAUAAAUAAAAAUAAAACAUUCAUUGCAAUGGAAGCAUCUGGCGGGAUUGGGCGGGAAGGUUAACUGCUUAACUUGUUAACCAACAUGGCGGAGAAACAAACAACUUGAAACCAUUUCUUGAAACAUUGAAACACAACUUAUACAAGUACAACUACAAAAUAUAUAAUACUAAAGUUAUUGAAAAAAACUAACAUAAAUAUCCUGCCUCGUUUCAUAUAAUCACGAAAAAAGUUGUGUAAAAGAGACUUUGCUUGUGCUCUGCUCUCUCUUUAUGUUAUGGCUGAAAAAGCAGAGGAUCUUAACCUUCCAAAUGCAGUAAUAUCACGUUUAGUGAAAGAAGCCCUAGGCGAUGGAGUCAACAUAUCAAAAGAAGCAAGAACUGCCAUCAGCAAAGCAGCAAGUGUAUUUGUACUGUACUGUACAUCUUGUGCGAAUAAUCAUGCAAAAGAAAGCAACAGAAAAACUUUAACUGGUCACGAUGUUAUUGAAGCUUUGGAUGAAAUGGAGUUUUCUCAGUUCAUUGAACCUCUAAAAGAAAGCUUGGAAGCAUUUAAGAAAGAUCAAAAAGAAAAGAAAGAAGCAGCGGCAAAGAAAAGAAAAACAGAAACAUCAAGUGAAGACUUGGUCACACCAGACACAAAGAAACAAAAAACUGAAGCUAUUCAAGAAGAUAAUAAUGAUAAAGAAGACAAGAACAAUGACGAAACUUAGAAAUAAAAUACAUAAACAUUCACACAUCGCAUAGAUUAUUUUACCUCUUGUUAUUUUGUUGGCUAUGUCCAAAAGAACAUAACCAUUACUGUAUUUACAGUUCUUAGUUCAUCAGAUGGUUUCAGGUAUUGACAAAUGCCAUAUAUAUUAAUAAUUAAUGCUGUGAGAGGCAUUGAUGAGCAAGUAAAUAUCCUCACAAAAUCUAACAUGCAUAGCAAAUACAUGCAAUUUCAUUGCAUUUGAUCAGAAA